AUGUCGUUUAAGCUCCUCACACAUGGCUACCAGGAAAUCACAGACAAUCCCCAAUUAGAGCUUGACUGUCACCGAUCGGAUGAUAUAUCCCACAGCGCCAAGAAAGAAGGAAUACACCCACGUCUUGGACUCACCAGGAGGAAGACUCGCAGAGUUGCAUGGCCAAGGAGCUGCAAUACGGAAGCGACGUGUUGUUCCACUGCUCCCAAUGCACCACACAGUCGGGCUGCAAAUAUAGCCAGCCUGGCCACUUGCUGGAGGAGCUACAGUAAGAUUGCCAUGGCGGAAACUCAAGGAUUUAACCGCAAUACGGUAGAGGAAUCCAGUAGCAAUACGAAGACUGUCGAUGCGAUUGCUUCAGGACGGAACCGCAGUAUGGAGGGGAAAUACGAUCGGUCCGUUUCCCAUGGAGUAGAAGUUCAAGUUGCAAAUGCUGCGGCUGUCAUUGUAGUCGCUCAAGGGAGGAGCCUAAAUACGGGAGAGAAGUACAACCACGUUGCUUCCCAUCUUCGAACUGCGGUUACUCUCAAUGCGGCCACUCGAAGAAAGAACCACAAUACACGCAGCAAGUGUGGCUGCGCUCGUCCGGAAGGCUACAGCUCGACCAUCAUUAUAUCGUUUGGGAAAGGGGUUUGGAUGGCAUCGCCCUGUCCGACCUCUAUAGAAACUGGCGCCGUCGAAGAAUUUUGUGCCUGA